AGAAGUAUGUUCACAUGGAGAGUGGAGACACUAUACCGCUGUGGGAUUUAUUAUAAAAACAUAACCUAUAUAAUUCAUAAAGUUUGAAAAUAUUGAUUCACCAAGAUAUUGUAAAUAAACAUGAAGACCAAAAAAGUAUCCGUGAAACCCAAACAGAAAAACAAGAAACAAAAAUUAAAAGCUCCUAAAUUAAAGGCUGUUAAGAAAAGUAAAAAAGUGCAAGUGAAAAAAUCUGCUAUUAAGGAAUCCACAAAAGUAGCCAACGUCAAGAGUCCAGAGACGAAGGAGGUGAAAAAAGUGCAGAAUGUGAAAUAUAUAAUGCCUUCUAAAGCGGUUACAGAUGAGAUCGUAAUCUCGGCUUUAACUGCCUUAGAAAAAUUAACAGCUCAUACUUCUAACAAAAAUAUUAUAUUUGGUGACGAACAUCAAAUAUUCAUGGAGAUUCGAUGCAUUAAAAUACCACACUCUAAAGGGAACAUCAAAUUUGUACUCCCGCACAGUACAGUAUUAUCAUCUAAGGAGGUUUGCCUUGUAACACCAGACAUCAAGAAAGGAAAGAAAGUUGAUCAUGAGCCUACUGUAGACAAAUGGGAGGAAUUGCUCAGAGGAGCCGGAGUUACCAGUGUCAAGACCAUCCUCCCUAUGAGGCAACUAAGAGUGGAGUAUGACCAGUUUGAAUUGAAGCGCAGAUUGUUGACUCAACAUGACUUCAUAAUGGUCGAUACGAGAGUUCUAAACCACGUGUCUCACAUCUUGGGAAAGAUGUUCUUCAAGAAACACAAUAUGUUGAUACCCGUCAAGAUAGAUGAAACGAAAGAUGUCAAGAAAGAUAUUGAUGUUGGCUUAAGGACUGUCAUGUUGAGAAUCAGUGCAGGUCAAACUACCACCAUAGUUGUCGGACACACCGGUAUGCAGCACAAUGAUAUUAAGGAAAACAUUUUAGCGGUUGUCAAUAUGUUGAAUAAGAAGUUUCCAGGCGGCGAAGCUAACAUCAGAGGUCUAGCUAUAAAGCUACCAUUGUCACUUUCUCUGCCAAUAUAUAUGACACUGAGGCCAGGCAGUUCUGUAAAAACGGUGCCAAAACUUAAACACCCUAAGCCAAAAUCACAUGUUAUGUAUGAGGAUGAGUUAUCAACUCAUCUCAGGAGUACUGUGAGAGUCAAUCCCGAUGGAACUGUUAAAUUGAAAUUACAGCCACAGAAAAAAAAAGAAAGAAUUGUGGAAGAUGACAUUCUAAGUGAUGGUGAUGACAAUCAAGAAGAUGAUGAAAUGGAUGAUGAUGGUGAUGAAGAAUGAUAAAUAAAAGUUUUCAUACAAUUA